AUGACUAAGAUGAUGAAAAUGCGGAGACUACUUAUCACAGUUAGUGUGUGCGUAUUGGCCUUUGGCUUGGUCAGUUGCGGUGAACCAAGUGGAGAAUAUUUACCUCCACAAGAAGAAUCCGAUGUCUUAAGCUAUAACGAAGCUUUGGGACCAGUACCCGGUGAUGUUGCCCCAGCUCAUUCGCUAGGCAAUGAUGGAUACCGUUACAAAGCUGUUAAACGUUACAGAUUACGCCAUCGUCGUGAUGUUGGAGAAAUCAGCAACGAAUAUUUACCACCAGUACAAGAACAAGGAUUUGUCCAAGAACCAGUACAAACCAUUGAAGCAGCACCAGCUCAUACUUUAUCUGAUGAUGGAUACCGUUACAAAGCCGUAAAACGCUUGAGAUAUCGCCAUCGUCGUGAUGUUGGAGAAAUCAGCAACGAAUACUUACCACCAGUACAAGAACAAGGAAUUGUCCAAGAGCCAGUACAAACAAUUGAAGCAGCACCAGCUCAUACCUUAUCUGAUGAUGGAUACCGUUACAAAGCCGUAAAACGCUUGAGAUAUCGUCAUCGUCGUGAUGUUGGAGAAAUCAGCAACGAAUACUUGCCACCAGUACAAGAACAAGGAAUUGUCCAAGAACCAGUACAAACAAUUGAAGCAGCACCAGCCCAUACCUUAUCUGAUGAUGGAUACCGUUACAAAGCCGUAAAACGUUUGAGAUAUCGUCAUCGUCGUGAUGUUGGUGAAAUCAACAAUGAAUAUUUACCACCUGUACAAGAACAAGGAAUUGUCCAAGAACCAGUACAAACAAUUGAAGCAGCACCAGCUCACACCUUAUCUGAUGAUGGAUACCGUUACAAAGCCGUAAAACGUUUGAGAUAUCGUCAUCGUCGUGAUGUUGGUGAAAUCAACAACGAAUACUUACCACCUGUACAAGAACAAGGUUUCGUACAAGAAGCUGCUCCAGCACCAGUCUCAAUUUCUGAACCAGCACCAGCCCAUACCUUAUCUGAUGAUGGUUACCGUUACAAAGCCGUAAAACGUUACAGAUACCGUCAUCGUCGUGAUGUUGGUGAAAUCAACAACGAAUACUUACCACCAGUACAAGAACAAGGUUUCGUACAAGAAGCUGCCCCAGCUCCAGUCGCAAUUUCCGAACCAGCACCAGCCCAUACCUUAUCUGAUGAUGGUUACCGUUACAAAGCCGUAAAACGUUACAGAUACCGUCAUCGUCGUGAUGUUGGUGAAAUCAACAACGAAUACUUACCACCAGUACAAGAACAAGGUUUCGUACAAGAAGCUGCUCCAGCACCAAUUUCAAUUGGUGAACCAGCACCAGCCCAUACCUUAUCUGAUGAUGGUUACCGUUAUAAAGCCGUAAAACGUUACAGAUACCGUCAUCGUCGUGAUGUCUCAGAAUUGAACAACGAAUACUUGCCACCAGUACAAGAACAAGAAAUUCAAGUUGCUCAAGAUGUUGCCCCAGAACCAGCCCCAGCACACACUUUAUCUAAUGAUGGAUACCGUUACAAGGCUGUAAAACGUUACAGAUACCGUCAUCGUCGUGAUGUUUCUGAAUUAAAUAAUGAAUACUUACCACCAACCCAAGAAGUUAGCCAAGAAUAUUUACCUCCAGUAGCUCAACCAGCUGUAGAAGCAGCCCCAGCACAUACAUUGAGUGAUGAUGGUUAUAGAUACAAAGCUAUUAAACGUAGAGUAUUCAGACGAAGAUACUAA